UUUCCUUCCCGUGCCUCUCCCGCCCCCUUCCCGUCCGGGCCAAUGGCAGAGCGCUGCCCCCGCCCUUCCGCAGCCCCCCCGCCCUGCCGCUGGGUAGCAACCAUGGACGCCGAGGUGCAGCAGGCGCUGCUCAAUUACUACUGCCAGGAGGGGCAAUUCCAGCACGUCCGGGCCGCGGCGGACGAGGCGCUGGGGCGGCUGGGCAGCGACCCCGUGCUGCUCUUCUACCGGGCCUACGGCGCGCUUAGGGCAGGUGAUGUCCAAGAGGGUAUUCGACAGUUGGAGUCUCUUAAAAACAAACAGGAGGUGUCACUUUGUACAGUAAUGGCUCUGAUUUAUGCUCAUAAAAAGAGCCCUAAUCCAGAUCGAGACACUAUUCUAGAGUUGGAUGCAAAAUUGAAGGAGCAACGUAAAACAGCAGGACAGAAGGCUCUCUACUAUGCUGGCUUGUUUUUGUGGCAUCUUGGUCGUGAGGACAAAGCCCGGGAAUAUGUUGAUAGAAUGAUCAAAAUUUCUGGUGGUGGUAAAGAGGGGUUAAUUUUGAAAGCAUGGCUUGAUCUCACCUGUGGGAAGGAAACUCAUAUUAAAAAAGCUGUGAAAUACUUUGAUGAAGCACUGCAGGAGGGCAAUGAUGUUUUUGCACUGCUUGGUAAAGCACAGUAUUUUGAGGUGCGACAGAAUUACUCAGGAGCUCUGGAAAUUGUGAACCAGAUAAUUGCAAACUUCCCGAACUUCAUUCCUGCUUUCAUAAAGAAAAUGAAGCUACAACUAGCCUUGCAGGACUGGGAGCAGACGGUUGAAACAGCGCACAGACUAUUGCAGAAAGAUGCCCUCAAUUUAGAAGCCAUAAGAAUGGAAGCCCUGCAUUAUCUGUGCAGGGAAGGAAAUAUAACUGAGGCUUCGGCAAGACUGGGAGACCUAAUUAAAGCACUGGAUAGGUUAGAACCACAUAAUUCUCAGCUCUUCUGUAAAAUGGCUAUAGCUUUCAGUAGAACAUGUGGCCGGAACCAGCUCAUCCUUCAACAUACAAAAACCUUAGUUGAAAGAGCAUUUGAUUUGGAAUCUGACAAUGCAGAAUUUGCUACUGAACUUGGCUACCAAAUGAUUUUACAAGAGAAAGUGAAGGAAGCUUUAAAAUGGUACAAGACUGCUAUGACACUUGAUGAAACAAGUGUUUCUGCACUAACUGGAAUCAUUCGUUGUCAGUUAAUACAAGGACAAUUGGAAGACGCAGAGCAGCAGUUGGAGUUUCUUAAUGAAAUUCAACAGUCUAUUGGGAAAUCUGGGGAAUUAUCUUUCUUGCGUGCAGUCCUAGCUAUGAAAAAACAUAAGAGACAAGAAGAAGUUAUUGCCUUAUUGAAUGAUGUUCUGGAUACUCACUUUUCAUCUUUGCAUGGAUUUCCUCUUGGUGUGGAAUAUUUUGAAAAACUAAACCCUGAUUUCUUGCUAGAAAUUAUGAGAGAAUACCUUAAUUUUUGCCCAGCACAGCCUGCAAGUCCUGGUCAGUCUCCUUCACCACUUCUCAAGCACUGUGCUUCUGUUCUUGAAACUGUUGUGAAAACUGUGCCUGGUCUUCAACAAGCUGUCUUUUUAAUUGCAAAAGUGAAGUACUUGUCAGGGGAUAUUGAAGCAGCCUAUAGUAAUCUACGUUACUGUCUGGAAAGGAAUCCUUCUUAUGCAGACGCACACUUACUGAUGGCCCAGGUGUAUUUGGCUCAAAACAAUACUAAACUAUGUUCUCAGUCCUUGGAACUUUGUCUAAGUUACAAUUUUGAGGUGAGAGAACAUCCCAUUUAUCACUUAAUUAAGGCCCAAACCCAGAAGAAGAUGGGAGAAUUGUCAGAAGCUGUUAAAACCUUACAGAUGGCAAAGAACUUGCCUGGAAUGAGAAAACCUAUCGCUUCCUCAAGAACAAAAGGAAAAAGUAUUGAAAUUGAUGCAAGUGAUCGUGUGUCUGUAUUCCUAGAGUUGGUAGAAGCUCAUCGUUUGAAUGGAGAACCGCAUGAAGCUGCUAUAGUACUCCAAGAUGCCAUUAAUGAGUUUUCUGGAACUCCUGAGGAACUAAGAGUUGUGAUUGCAAAUGCAGAUCUGGCAAUUGCUCAAGGAGAUGUUGAACAUGCCUUGACUAUGCUCCGAAAUAUUACACCUGAACAGCCUUACUUUGUACAAGCUAAAGAAAAAAUGGCAGAUAUUUAUCUUCAGUAUAGGAAAAAUAAGAAGUUAUAUGCUGCCUGCUACAGUGACCUAGUAGAAAAACUGCCAAGUGCUCAUACUUUUCUUCUUCUUGGUGAUGCAUACAUGAAUAUUCAAGCGCCUGAUGAAGCCAUAGAAGUGUAUGAACAGGCCUUGAAGAAAAAUCCAAAGGAUCCAUGUCUAGCAAGUAAAAUUGGAAAAGCCCUAAUCAAAACACAUAACUACUCAAAGGCAAUCAGUUACUAUGAGGCUGCACUGAGAAGCGGUGAACAGAAUUUCCUUGGCUAUGAUUUGGCUGAGCUUUUAAUGAAACUGAAGCAGUAUGAAAAGGCAGAAAAAGUACUUCAGCAAGCUUUGGAUCAUGAGCCUGUUAAUGAAUUGUCUUCACUGAUGGAAGAUGUACAUUACCAGGUGCUUCUGGCAAAAAUUUACAGCAAAAUGGAGAAGAUUGACAGAGCUAUUGCUUCACUACAACAGGCUCGGGAAUUACAAGCCAGAGUGCUUAAACAGGCUCAAGUACAACAGCUGGAUGCAGUUCCUGCACAGAAGCAGUUAGCAGCUGAAAUUUGUGCUGAGAUUGCAAAACAUUCUACAGCCCAGCGAAACUAUGAAAAAGCAAUUAAAUUUUACAAAGAAGCCCUUGUUCACUGUGAAACCAAUAACAAGGCAAUGUUGGAACUUGCGCGUUUGUAUCUUGCACAAGAUGAUAUUGAUGCCUGUCAAUAUCAGUGUUCCUUACUGCUGAAGAAUGACCAAGAUAAUGAAGCAGCAACGAUGAUGAUGGCUGAUCUCAUGUUCAGGAAACAAGAUUAUGAACAAGCGGUUUUUCAUUUCCAACAGCUCCUAGAGCGCAAGCCAGAUAACUAUGCAACCCUCUCACGAUUAAUUGAUCUGUUAAGAAGAGCUGGAAAACUAGAAGAAGUCCCAAGAUUUCUUUUAAUGGCUGAAAAACAUUCUUCCAGAACAAAACUUGAACCAGGAUUUCACUACUGCAAAGGACUGUAUCUUUGGUAUAUAGGGGAACCAAAUGAUGCACUCCGGCAUUUUAAUAAAGCUCGAAAGGACAGUGACUGGGGACAGAAUGCAGUCUACAACAUGAUUGAAAUUUGUUUGAACCCAGAUAAUGAAACGGUGGGCGGAGAAGUCUUUGAAAAUCUGGAUGCUGACACAGGUAAUUCAACAGAGAAACAGGAGUCUGUGCAGUUGGCUGUAAGAACAGCAGGAAACCUGCUGAAGGAGCUCAAGCCUCAAACCAUUCAGGGUCACAUUCAACUGCGAAUCAUGGAAAAUUAUUGUCUCAUGGCAACCAAACAAAAGUCAAAUGUUGAACAAGCGCUGAACACUUUCACUGAAAUAGUCCUGGAUGAGAAGGAUCAUAUACCAGCACUUUUGGGAAUGGCCACGGCCUACAUGAUCUUGAAACAGACUCCACGAGCCAGAAAUCAGUUAAAACGGAUUUCCAAAAUGAACUGGAAUCUCAUUGAUGCAGAGGAGUUUGAAAAGAGUUGGCUUCUGCUUGCAGAUAUAUAUAUUCAAUCUGCAAAAUAUGAUAUGGCAGGUGAAUUAUUAAAACGGUGCCUUCGUCAUAACAGGUCAUGCUGCAAGGCUUAUGAAUACAUGGGAUAUAUAAUGGAAAAGGAACAAGCAUAUAAGGAUGCAGCAAUAAAUUAUGAGAUGGCCUGGAAAUAUGGAAACCAAACAAACCCAACAGUAGGAUACAAGCUGGCUUUCAAUUACCUUAAAGGGAAGAGAUAUGUUGAUGCAAUCCAUGUUUGUCAUAAGGUCCUUGGAGCACAUCCAAACUAUCCAAAGAUCAGAAAGGAAAUACUUGACAAGGCCCGUGCAUCACUAAGAACCUGAAUGAGUUUUUUUAUGACUCAUGGACUUUUGUUUAAUCAGACUUCGGAAGCUAUGAAAUUCUGCAGUGACAGAGACCGUAUCAGCACAAAAGUAUUGUGAAUAGGAUGAAUUUAAUUAUAUUAGAGAGAUCUGGAUUACUUUCAGGAGAAGUCUGAAAGAAAUUGUGGUUUUUUUCUCGUUUAGGAAAGAAUUCUAUUCCUAUGUGUGUUAUGUAAAGUGACAUCAUAAAAGAGUGUUGUCAGCAUUAUAAAAUUGUUUUAAAGCAUAUAUCUCAGUAUUUUGUUUUGUUUAUUUGAAAUAGCAUUCAAAAUAACAACCUGUCUUAUCUAGGGGAGAUACAUUGUUAAGAUGGUGGAUUUCAGUUUGUGUAAACCAUUACUCGAUAAUUACAGUGUAAUCUUUAUUCUACAGUGUAUUUCUAAGUUAUGGGGGCAUUUUUUCUACAUAUAAUAAAGUCAUGCUUUAUUUCUUUUUGAUCUUGAAAAAACAGAUAUGUGCAUUAUUCUCUGUGAAAUUUACAUUUUUAAUGAAAAUGUAAUAGUUAAAAUUAAAAUCCUAUGUAAAUAUUCAGUAAAGACUUUUAUAGAUCA